AUGUCGCGAAACCGCUGUUGUGUACCUGGAUGUGUUGAAAGUGGAAAUUCCCAUUCAGUGCUGCAUGGAUUUCCAAAUCCCGAGAAUUAUUUAGAUCUUGGAUUUAUGCUCAAUAAAAAUUCCAUUGUUACAGAUCCUGUAUAUUUUGCAUCUGAGGUGGCUUCACAGCAAAGUAUUCACCAAAAUAAGGAAAAUGUUAUUUCAAUUGUUGGUGCAAAUAAAGUUAUUGCUGUAAGGAAACUGACCAAGCGUGUAACUGCUACAAAGUCUGAGAAGGAACUACACAGAAAGAUCAGAGCUUUAAAAAUGAAACUUGGCAAAUGCCAGAAUAAGUCAAACUAUCUCUUCCAAUAUGGGAUAUCUUGCAGAUAA